UGGUUGUAAAUUGUAAUACGGCACUUCCUUCUUUGUUUCCCGUUGCUGUGGAGACUUAUCAAAAAAAAAACUCGGAGGUUCUCACCCAUCGGAAUCACCAUGGAUUCUCCUCCUCCGACGAAGCUUGAUUAUCAUGUAGACAUGUUUAAACUUCAAUCCCAAGCCACGUUUCUCUCCUUAUUCAAGGCGGAGGAUGGACGUAUGGCUCUUAUAUUAGACUCGACGGUUUUUCAUCCGCAAGGUGGAGGUCAGCCGUCGGAUACCGGUUUAAUCGAAUUCGCCGGUUCGGAUUUCAAGUUCUCUGUUCAAGAUGUUCGAUCCAAAGAUGGAAUCGUUCUCCAUUACGGAGUUUUCCAAGGUUCAGUUCCUGAAGAUAUUGCAAAGGGGCAAGACGUUCAGUUGCUUGUUGAUCAAUCAAGGCGCAAACUCAAUUCCAGGUUGCACUCAGCUGGACACUUGCUGGAUUUGUGUAUGCGGAAAGUUGGGUUGGGACAUUUGGAGCCUGGGAAAGGGUACCAUUUCCCUGACGGUCCUUUUGUGGAAUACAAAGGAGUCGUUCCACAGGCUGAACUGCAGGUGAAGCAGAAAGAGUUGGAGGCAGAGGCUAAUGAAAUGAUUUCCAAAGGAGGAAAGGUUUAUGCUGAUAUACUACCCUAUGAAGAGGCAUCCCUGCUCUGUGGUGGCAGUCUUCCUGAUUAUAUUCCCAAGGGCAGCACUCCCCGAGUCUUAAGAUUAGGUGAAAACCCUGGGUGUCCGUGUGGUGGAACCCAUGUCUCCGAUAUAUCCGAUAUCAUAAGCAUGAAGAUCACACAGAUGAGAACAAAGAAAGGAAUGACCAAAGUUUUCUACACCAUUGCAUCUUAAUUCCAGUUUACAAAAAAACAAGUCAAGGGAAGGAAUUGAAGUGAUGCCGACUGUUUCAAUCAGUUGGCUUCAACAGCAAGCAGCCUCUCCUGUGCUCAACAGCCACGAAUCAGUAUUUUGUGGGUGUUUUUUAUAUAUCAAAACUAUUAAACGACUCUCUCUAUCAUUGAUAAGUCGUAUAUUGACAUGAUAUUGAUGUGAUAUGAUCUUCCACUCAGCCUCUUAUUAGCAUUACAAUAUUGACUCUUGGUUUCUAUAAUCAUACCAAACAUUUGGUCCGAUAA